UUAAGAUCUUUAUCAGCUUAGCCAAAAACAAAAGGGCAUAAUCAUGAAGAUGAAAAUAGAGAGUUCAAGAAUCAUUAAGCCUUUCUAUGAACACAAAUCUCCUCCAAUGAAAAGUCACAUUCCCCUUAGUGUCUUUGAUAAAGUCACAUAUGAAGCCCAUAUUGCUAUCAUAUAUGCCUAUCGCCCUCCCACCCCACCAAAUACCACAAUUGAAUUGGGUCUUGGAAAAGCCUUGGCUGUUUAUCCUGAAUUUGCUGGGAGAAUAGGAAAAGACGAACAUGAAAAUCCAGUGAUUUUCCUUAACGAUAAGGGCGUUAGAUUUGUCGAGGCAUCGGUCAGUGGCACCCUUGAUCAAGAAAUGCCCUGCAAACCUUCACCGACCUUGCUAAACCUACACCCUAGCUUGAAUGAUGUGAAAGAAUUGACACAAGUACAAGUAACUAGGUUUACUUGUGGCUCCUUGGUGGUUGGUUUUACUUCCCAUCACAUGGUGGCAGAUGGCCAUUCCACUAGCAACUUCUUGGUUGCAUGGGGAAAAGCUUGUCGAGGCCUAAAAAUCAAUCCACUUCCUUUGCAUGAUCGUACAAUUUUUACCCCUCGAAAUCCUCCACUCAUCGACUAUAAGCAUAAGGGAGUGGAGUUCAGGUCUAAGUUAGAGAAAAAUGGGCAUUCACUCAAUCAAGCUCAUAUACUAGAAGAUAUAGUUGUACAUAAAGUCCAUUUCACAGUUGAGUUUCUUGCGAAACUUAAAGCCAAGGCGUCUUGCAUGAAUGACAACAAAAAUUCUUAUAGCACAUUUGAAAGUCUCAUUGCACAUCUAUGGAGGGCCAUAACCAAAGCUCGUAGGAUAAGUGGUCUUGAGACCACCAAAAUAAGAAUCUCAGUCAAUGGCAGGAUGAGGUUGAAUCCUAAAGUAGCCAAUGAAUACUUUGGAAACUGUGUCCUUUGGGCAUUCCCAACUGCAAAAGUGAAGGACCUUUUGCGAGAACCUCUUCCAUAUGCAACAAAGCUCAUUCACAAUGCUGUUGCAAAGGUAAACGAUAGCUAUUUCAGAUCAUUCAUUGACUUUGCCGAUAACAAAGCGAACGAAGAAGACCUUGUCCCCACAGCGGAUAUGAACAAGCACAUUCUUUGCCCUAAUAUCGAAGUGGACAGUUGGUUAAGAUUUCCAUUCUAUGACUUAGAUUUUGGGACCGGUUGCCCUUACAUUUUCAUGCCUUCUUAUUUUCCAACAGAAGGCAUGAUGUUUCUUUUACCAUCCUUCAUCGGAGAUGGAAGUAUCGAUGUCUUUGUUCCUCUAUUCGAAGACAAGUUGCCCGCUUUCAAGAAAAUUUGCUAUUCCUUGGACUUGCUUGCAGAUUAAAAACUUCAAAUUUGCUCU